AUAGAUUUGUGCCCUCAUUUCUCAGCCCUAGAGAAGCUUGAGCAGAUUCCAUGCUCUUGUACUCUGUAGGGGCUAUUGUAGGAAAAACUUCACCAAUUUUUAAUGAUCUGUACUUGUUCAGUAGUAUCAUUUUAAAAAGCUUGGCUCACGACGAUCAGGUUGAACUGUUAAACUCCUGCCGACCUUCCCCUUCAUAGACUGCUGUCUGAACCACACAGGCAUCACAGGCUGUUGGCAGCAUGAUUGUUGUGGAAGCAUCAUAUGCAGGUUUUCCUCUUAUCUGUAUGUCUCUUUAUAAGCUAGCAGUCAGUCUUAUCACCCAUAGCACCAACUUUUGAGGCAUCUCUACAUUCUAUAGCAAUUAAGGAAGUUACUUCAAUCAAAACCAAUCAGCUGCUCAAAUGGAUAUUACAGAAGCUGAGUCAUAGUGAGAAUCCAGUCUCCAGCUAAAUCACAAGCUUCACCUUGCUUUCCUGCUGCAAAUUUUCCUUCUUUUCUAUAGCUGCGUAGCAUGUCCUUUGUCUACAGAUCAGGGACGAGCUCUAAAUAGGGAUUUCAUUUCCCUGAUCCAUUGAAAACCAAUUUUGGGUUGGAUUUAGUGCCUGGCUGGGUGGAAAGAAAUCGGAUUUCGGAAGAGGGUUGGUAGCAGGAAGCCUUCUUUAGGAUAAUUUAUUGCAGCAACCCUGUAUUUCAUCAAUUCAAUCCAUGCAUGGAGAUAAUGACUGCACAAAUGAUGGGGUUGUGUUGCGUUUUUAGCACAAUUGAAAUGUUUUGCUUCAUCAUCCACACAGGCUUAUGAGCUUUGAAAUGCUUCAGCAUAGAUGCUGAACCGAAGUAUCAUUCCUAUGUCAUAGUCAUAUGGUCAAUGGAAAUCAUGUUAUCAAGAAAUUUCUAUUGCUUGCCUGGAAAAAUGGCAUGAUCAGAAGAUAACAGAUUACUAUUCUCUGUACGGUGGCCGUCAGAACCAGAAGUGCGAGAUUCAGUCUAGGAGGAGAAAUAAUGGCGCCCUCCAUCAGUAGUGGACAAGCUAGAGGUACAAGCAAGAGAUCUCAUAACAAUGAAGGCAUCGAAGGCAACCAAAAUUCUAUCGAUGUACUCAGAGAUUCUGUCGAUAUUCCCAGCACUAAACCUUCAGAAGCUGGCAGCAAAUCGCCUUCUGUUGAGGAGGCCUUAAAAGGACUCAACUUUAUCAGCAAAACAUCCACCAAAUGGGUCGAGGUUGAGAAGAAAUUUGAUGGUUUGACAUCUUCUACCAAUGGUUCACUACAUCGUUCUAAAUUCGCCGAAUGCAUAGGGAUGGACAAAAAAUCAGAUGAGUUUGCACUUGAGCUUUUCGACGCUCUAGCUAGGAGGAGAAAAAUGACAGCUGAUUCCAUUAACAAGGAUGAGUUUAAAGAAUUCUGGGAGCAAAUUUCUGCAAAAGACUUCAAUUCUAGGCUUCGGAUUUUCUUUGACAUGGUUGACAAAGAUUCUAAUGGGAGACUCGAUGUAGAUGAAGUUCGACAGAUUAUCAAAUACAGCGCCUCUGCAAACAAGCUCUCAAAUAUUAACGUACGUGCCCAAGAAUAUGCUACCAUGAUCAUGGAAGAACUCGACGAAGAAAAAUUGGGUUACAUCAUGAUUGACAAAUUGGAGACACUAUUUAGAAAACAAGAUAAGAAAAUGCAAAGCCAAAGCGAGGAACAUAAACAAACCAAAGACACUGGCCGAGUUAGUGAAUUGCUUAAUAGGAUUAAGUACUUCCUCUUAGAUAACUGGGAAAGAAUUUGGGUAAUCGUCCUUUGGGUCGGAAUCAUGGUUGGUCUUUUUACCUACAAGUUCAUUCAGUACCGGAACAAAGCUGUCUACGACAUCAUGGGUUACUGUGUUUGCACAGCGAAGGGAUCCGCGGAAACCCUUAAGUUCAACAUGGCAUUGAUCUUAUUUCCUGUCUGCCGCAACACCAUCACUUGGCUCAGAAACAAGACAAAGCUUGGCUCUUUCGUCCCUUUUGACAACAGCAUUACUUCCCACAAGAUAAUUGCAAUUGGAAUCGGGAUUGGUGUUGCAGUACAUUCAUUAGCUCACUUAACGUGUGAUUUCCCUCGUCUCCUCCAUGCAUCAGAAAAAGAGUACGAGCCAAUGAAGCCAUACUUUGGAGAAGAUCAACCUGAAAACUACUGGUGGUUUCUUAAGGGAGUGGAAGGCGUUACAGGGAUCAUAAUGGUGGUUUUGAUGGCAAUUGCAUUCACGUUAGCCACACCAAAGCUAAGGCUUAAGAAAGACAAUGGAUUCAAUAUGUUCUGGUAUUCCCAUCACUUGUUCGUCAUAGUUUACACUCUUCUGAUCGUCCAUGGUAUCAAAACCUAUCUAUCCAAAGAAUGGUACACAAAAUCGACAUGGAUGUACUUGGCAGUGCCAAUAACUCUUUAUACUUGUGAGAGAUUGCUUAGAUCGUUCAGAUCCCGCGUUAAGUCAGUUAAAAUACUCGAGUUCAAUGAGUACCCCGACGUAAUGGCAAUACAUAUGUCAAAACCAGACGGCUUCGAAUACAAGAGUGGGGAAUACAUGUUUGUCAAAUGCCCUGCUGUUUCUCCCUUUGAAUGGCAUCCGUUUUCCAUUACUUCAUCUCCUGCAGAGGAUCGCCUAAGUGUCCACAUUAGAGCUGUUGGAGACUGGACGAAAGAACUCAAAGCCAUUUUAUCUGAGGCUUCAAAAGAAGGGAAAAAUCUACUUGUAGAAUCAACUGGAGGUAGCAACACACAGUUCCCAAGGGUAAUAAUUGAUGGUCCUUACGGUGCACCAGCUCAAGACUACAAGGAUUUUGAGGUAGUAUUGUUAGUAGGAUUAGGGAUUGGAGCCACCCCAAUGAUCAGCAUUAUAAAAGACAUUGUACACAACAUGACACCCAGUGAUCUUGAAGGUGGGAAAUCAACUACUAAUAGGAAUAACUUCAAGACGAAGAGGGCGUAUUUUUACUGGGUAACGAAUGAUCAAGGUUCUUUCGAAUGGUUCAAAGACGUGAUGGAUGGGGUAUCUAAGAUGGAUAUUAAUGGAGCCAUUGAACUUCAUAAUCACUGUACAAGCAUUUUUGAAGAAGAUGAUGCUAGGUCUGCUCUAAUUGCAUCGUUACAGUCACUCAACCACGCCAAAACUGGUAUUGACAUUGUUGCUGGUACGCAUGUCAAGUCUUAUUUUGGAAGGCCUAAUUGGCGCGAUGUUUACAAGAAUAUUGCUCACAAUCACAGUGGCGAGCGAGUGGGGGUAUUCUAUUGUGGAUUGCCAGCAGCUGGAGCUGCUCUGAAGCAACUAGCACUGGAUUUCUCUCACGAUACAUCAACCAAAUUUGAUUUUCGAAAAGAAAAUUUCUGAUGCCAUGAAUGAAAUAAUAUGCAUUCUGGAACUACAGUAAGAACACACUUGGAUAAAAUCAUCAAAUGUGAACUCUAUUUACCUUAAAACAGUUUGAAGUUAAAGCAGGGGAAUUAAUUACUGCUGAAGCAGACAAGCAGUAGCAGAAAGUCGAAACAUAGUCGUACGUUCUCCAGGAAUUCACAUCUACUUGGUUUAAUUUGCUAAGAA